CGAGACUUGAACCAAUUCAUUUCGUCAUUUGCGGUCCCCAAGCCAAACAACCAGAGCCCCAAAGCGUCCAUACACCUCCAAAUGGAUAUUUGACCUUCAUCGGUGGCUUCCCGAUUUUUGCUUUCAUAUCUUUGUGUGGCUACCAUUCAUCUCUCCUCACCCCAUCUUCAAGUUGUGCGCAUGGUUGACACGAGGCGGCAAAGUUCGAUGCACGUCACGGGCUGGCAUCGAUUCAGACUACAGAUAUCAAACCUGGGCUUGCUGGCUGUCCUGUUCUAGACCUUGGUGUUGAUUCGGUAUCAGCCGUUUUGUGCUGGCAUUUUUGGAUAUUGCGGGGUGUGGUCUUCGGCAGCGAACAAUCCUUCACCAUUCCGAGCUCUUUAGACAGUUGAAUAAUGCCGACCUAUUUGGAUAUUGAUAUUGUCGACAUUUGGCCACAAUGACACUGGACUUCCCGGUCAUCUUUCUGCUUCCCACCAAUCUCGGGGCGGACGAGCUCCACGAGUUGGAGGAACAAAUACCAACCCUCACUUAUGACAUCAAUGAGGCCGAAGUCAUCCUGGGAAACGUGCACCGGAAACAACGGGUCUUGUUCGAGCUUAGGAAACACAAACUUGUAACAGAAGAGAUAUCGACAACGGAGACAGACGAACCUACGUCUCCCAGCCCGAAGCGAAGGAGGUUCCAGACACCGGGUUCCGUUAUCACAGAAGACUCUGACACUGCCUCAGAUGGCGACUUUCAUCCUCUCCUAACCCAGUCAACUCAGUCGACUCUUAAAGCAACCCCCACAAAUGUCAAGGUGGUCAAGCUCGCCUGGUUUACCGAGUCUCUCAAAGCCGGGACAGUCCUCCCCAUACAAGACUAUACCUUAUACAGAGGCCGGAAACAGCAGAGCAAACCCGCCAAGCCGCAGCAAGCAUCACCAACAAAGGCCGCGAAUAUCAUCAAACGAGCCCUAGCAGACCCGAAGCCUUCUUCCCACGGCUCACGGCCUGGAUCUUCUCACAGCACUACCAGCCACGGUCGACGUGAUCACUUCAUCACCAAGGCCCCGGCAUUGCUUCAUAUGACCACUUCAGAACAUGAAGUAGAGCUGCCCCCCAUCCCUGCCUACCUGCACACCACCUAUGCAUGCCAGCGUCCUGCACCCACGCAUCCACCCAACGAACCCUUCAUCGAGGAGCUCAUGAAAAUCAGAACAGCCAGGACGCUACUAGGUGACAAGAUUGGAGUGCGCGCUUAUUCCAGCGCCAUAGCCGCUCUCAUCUCCUACCCCUACCCUCUCCAGAGCGCCUUCGAAGUAGCGAGACUACCAGGCUGCGGCCUCAAGAUCGCCCAGCUGUACCAAGAGUUCCGAGAACAAGGCGAGCUGCAGGAGGCCAAGGAAGAUGAGUCCGACCCCCGGCUGGCCGUCCUCAAGCUCUUCCACGAGAUCUGGGGCGUCGCCGAGACCACUGCCCGCGAGUUCUACAACAAAGGCUGGCGCGACCUCGACGACAUUGUUGAAUACGGCUGGGACACCCUGACGCGCGUCCAACAGAUUGGCGUCAAGUACUACGAUGAGUUCCAGCAGAAGAUAGCUCGGGCCGAGGUCGAGUCUAUCGCCAACAUCAUCCUCGAGCAUGCCAACAAGAUCCACCCGGGAUUUCAAAUGGUCAUCGUAGGCGGGUACCGCCGCGGCAAGCUGGCGAGCGGCGACGUGGACGUUGUCCUGAGUCACCCGGACAAGGCCGCAACCAGGGGUUUUGUUGAGCAGAUCGUAGUGGCACUGGAACAGUCAAACUACAUCACGCACACGCUGAUCCUGAGCACGGCCAAUACCGAGCGCGGGCAGGAGCCUGUGGCCUGGAAGGGGAACGAGAAGAAGAGCGGGACGGGGUUUGACACGUUGGAUAAGGCGCUCGUGGUGUGGCAGGAUCCGCACUGGACGACGGACGAGAAAAAGAAUCCGAUUCCGCACAGGAGGGUAGAUAUCAUCAUCAGUCCGUGGAAGACGGCCGGGUGUGCGGUGUUGGGUUGGACGAGCGGGACGACUUUUCAGAGGGAUCUGAGGAGGUAUUGCAAGAAGGAAAGGUCGCUCAAGUUUGAUAGCAGUGGGAUCCGGAGUAGGGCUGAUGGGACUUGGGUCGAUUUUGAGAGCGGGCCGAACGGUGAGCCGGCGCCGGAUAUGCUCACGGCGGAGAGACGGGUGUUUGAAGGGUUGGGACUGGAGUGGCGGCCGCCAGAGGAGAGGUGUACUGGUUGAUCGAAAUCGGGGAAACUAGAGCUGUUGAUACUGUAUACCUAACCUUCAACCUGGUUAUAUAAUGCUAUAAUUCAAGCAAAGGGGUCUUCUUUUGUAGGGCCGAAAUGAUGAUAUCCUUCUCACAGAUAUCGCUGUCUGGGAUGAUUGGUUGUGAGUUGUCUUUUCGGCGCUGUGCCGUAUCCGGGGGUCUGGAUGGCCUGGAAUCGCCUGCUUCCCGCUCAGUGUUCAGGGGAGGGGGAAAUGGAGUUAAGGUGGUUGCGGGUAAUAGGCGGUUAUGCAAAUCAUGAUGCUGUCUUUAGAUGCAUCGUUACCAUGUCAGACAUGUUGCCUUCAACUGUUUGGGUUGAUCUCGCAACUGAAGUAUCGGGGCGAGGUAUGAGUCCAUAAUUGACAAGACACAUUCAGAUGGGCACGCAUGAUCGGCGAUGAGAAGAGUGUACGAUUUUGAAGAA